CGGCGACCGACUCGAUCUAUUGUGUUUAUGUUGAAUUUUCUGUUGAGGAUUUUUAAAUACCAAAGAAAUAGAAGCGGCAUUCAGAUAAACAUUGCUCUCGCGCUGUCGGUCAUGGAUUGGAAGACAUCUUAAGUAACAGUGUGUUGUGCAGAAAAACAACAUGAAUAAAGGUUGGCUGGAGCUAGAGAGCGAUCCAGGACUCUUCACUCUGCUGGUAGAAGAUUUUGGGGUCAAAGGUGUGCAAGUUGAAGAAAUCUAUGAUCUCCAGAGCAAGUGUCAAAGUCCCGUCUAUGGCUUCAUCUUCCUCUUCAAGUGGAUUGAAGAGCGCCGAUCCAGGAGGAAAGUCAACACUUUGGUGGACGAGACUUCGGUCAUCGAUGAGGAAAUUGUAAAUGACAUGUUUUUUGCUCAUCAGCUAAUCCCAAACUCGUGUGCCACCCACGCACUGCUGAGUGUCCUUCUCAACUGCAGUGGAGUGGAGCUGGGCUCCACACUCAGUCGCAUUAAGGCUUUCACUAAAGGCUUCAGUCCGGAAAGUAAAGGUUAUGCAAUAGGAAAUGCCCCAGAGCUCGCCAGAGCCCACAACAGCCACGCCAGACCGGAGCCGAGGCACUUGCCGGAGAAGCAGAAUGGCAUCAGUGCGGUUCGUACAAUGGAAGCGUUCCAUUUUGUCAGCUACGUGCCUAUCAAAGACCGCCUCUUUGAGCUGGAUGGACUGAAGGCUUACCCCAUUGACCACGGACCCUGGGGUGAAGAGGAGGAGUGGACUGAUAAAGCUCGACGGGUAAUUAUGGAGAGGAUUGGACUGGCCACAGCUGGUGAGCCGUACCAUGACAUCCGCUUCAACCUGAUGGCAGUGGUGCCUGACCGGAGAAUGAAGUACGAGUCUAAAUUAGAAGUUCUAAAGAAAAACCGACAAACUAUUCUGGAAGGUCUGCAGAAGAUGAUCCGGCUCACUCAGGCCGAGCAUCUCCAGGAGAAGAAGCAGCCAGACGCCUCUGCUGCCGAGGACAACAUCAAGAAAGAAGCAGAGGCCAGCUCAGGCGCUUCCUCAGUGGAUGAGUGCAAAGAGGCCUCUAACUCUUCAGCGGGCUCUAAAACUGUGGGUAAACCAGCGGCUCCCUCUGGAGGAGGCUCCCAGCAGGUGAGCGGCUCCAACCCCCUCGUUCAACGGCUGCCAGCAUUCCUGGACAAUCACAACUACGCCAAGUCUCCAAUGCAGGAGGAAGAGGAUCUUGCAGCUGGUGUCGGUCGCCCCCGGAUCCCAGCUCCUCCUCAGCCUCCGUACUCUGAUGAUGAAGAUGACGAUGAAGAUGAUGAAGAGGACGUGACAGGUUCCACUAGCACUGCGAGCAGAUUCAGGCGGAAGGCCAGUCUGCGGUCCAGAGCAGGUCGGGUCGGUUCCGGAAUGGAGAGCCAGAUCGCCCUCAAUGUUUUGGCCGAGAAACUGAAGAAGGAGGCUCAGAGAAAAGAUGCUCUGAAUACCCCCCUGUCUGUGCGCACCGAAGGCCGCACGGGGGGCAUCUGCAUCACAUCUGCUUCACAGCCUUCCCCAACGCCCAGCAACGAAAGCACAGACACCGCGUCUGAGAUUGGCAGCGCCUUCAACUCGCCGCUGCGCUCCCCGGCACGCUCCCAGGCCGCCACACGCCCAUCCAGUCCAGUAGCAUCCCAUUUGUCGCGUGUGCUGUUUGGAGAGGACGAGAUGCUGAGGCUGGACUCCAGACACAAUCGCGCUGUGAGAGAACUGGGCCCCUCUGUCAGCGUAGCCCUGCUGCACCUGCAGGAGGACGGAGUCAUCUGUGCUCUCUCUUCACCAGGAGAUUUGGCUGCUGAGAAUACAAAGCAGCCUUGCACUUCUGAGAAAGGAAAAGUUGCUGAAAAAGAGGCUACAAAGGAGGGAGGGGAUGGGUCUUCUGCAGAGGUGAAGAAAGAGGAUGAGGGGAAAUGUGGAGCAGACGUGAAGCCCGGAAAAGAAAGGCUCAACGCCGCGGAUUCCAGCUCAGAGAGCAAACCUCCCGGGGAUCGGUACUCACCCAAAGAGCUUCUUGCGUUGCUCAAGUGUGUGGAAGCCGACAUCGCCAACUAUGAGGUGUAUCUAAAGGAGGAAGUGGAAAAGAGAAAGAAAUAUAAAAUUGACGAUCAGAGGAGGACCCACAAUUACGACGAGUUUAUCUGCACAUUUAUAUCGAUGCUGGCCCAAGAAGGUAUGUUAGCCAGCCUGGUGGAGCAAAACAUCUCUGUGCGCCGGCGUCAGGGAGUGAGUAUCGGCCGCCUGCACAAACAGAGGAAGCCCGAUCGAAGGAAACGCUCCCGGCCUUACAAAGCCAAACGUCAGUAAAUAAUAAGGACAUCAUCCGUGUUAGUGAUGUGUAAACACCACGCAAUCAACAGAGGGGAAUAAAGAAGCUGCUGGACUCCUGACACUCAUUCCUACAGGCAGUAUAGUGUUGUAUUUUAGCCAGAACCUCUUCUGCUUCACAAAGUGGACCAUCCGUUUCUUUCUUGGCUUCAUAUCAUUCUUGCUAUUGUGCCAUUGUCACUUGCAGACUGUAAUGUUGAAUCAAGAAGCAUGUCUUUAGGGGGGUAACAUCAAUGUUUUUAAUGAACAAUCUUCUCUUCGUUAUAUAUAUUUUUUAGUACAAAUGUCGUUUGUUGGAAAAUGUGCUUAAGUCUCUCCAAAGGUAACUUCUCGGUCUUCAGUGCCCAUGAGGCGCUGAAUGUUUUUGACAAAGACAGAUCCUCAAUUCAGUCUCACCUUUUCAGUCACUGACUUUCAGUGCUGCUAAUUCACUCUGUAUUGUUUUCAUUAUUGCAUGAGUAGAAAACCAGCACCCAAGUCAAGAAGCCUCCUCAUGUUUUCCUUUUAGGAAAAGCUCUUGUCUCAUGUUGGUUUUCCAUCCAGACAUUUCCAGUGCAUUUUAUUUCUACUCAAAAAGGAUCUCAAGGUAAUAUUAAGGUGUGUGCAGUUGUGUGUCCUUGUAUAUAUUUAUCUGUCAUUUGGCUCAAGUGAACAUUGUACUGUUGUGCUCUGUGUUUUAUGAGUUCAUUCAGCAAUAAAGUCCAUCAAAAUGUA